AACGCCAAUGCUUUCUUAUAUGUAUAGGGCCCCCAAACCCUUUGGAUACUUUCGCAAAACAAAACCACCAUAACCUGAACCCUAGUCCAUUUGUCUUGCAUCCUCACUCCCACACUCAACAUCAAGCUCUCAGAAGCGGCCGUUGUCUCUGCUCUCAGCUUGAAUUUGGGACGAUGGUGAGAGUCAGUGUGUUGAAUGAUGCUCUCAAGAGUAUGUACAAUGCUGAGAAGAUUGGAAAAAGACAGGUCAUGAUUAGGCCGUCCUCUAAAGUGAUUAUCAAGUUUCUGCUGGUCAUGCAGAAGCAUGGUUAUAUUGGGGAAUUUGAGUUUGUUGAUGAUCACAGAUCUGGCAAGAUUGUCGUUGAAUUGAAUGGAAGGCUGAACAAGUGUGGUGUUAUAAGUCCUCGUUUUGAUGUUGGUGUCAAAGAGAUUGAGGGCUGGACUGCUCGGCUGCUUCCUUCAAGACAGUUUGGAUAUAUUGUGCUGACCACAUCUGCGGGAAUAAUGGACCACGAAGAAGCAAGGAGAAAGAAUGUUGGGGGCAAAGUACUUGGAUUUUUUUAUUAAGCAGAGCUUUAAAUAUCCUUUUUGGAAUUAUGGAGUACUGCAGAGCAGUUUCUUUAUUUAGGAAAAGAAAAAAAUUUAGAAAGAACUUGUUUUGUUCCAAAUUUGGUAUUAGUUUGCAUCGACUUAACUCUUUUGUUGUAGUUUAAUGCGAUUUUGCUCAAGUUUGCUA